GGAUCUUUGGAAUCUCCAGAAACAGGAUUGUUUUUUAGGUGACAUAAUGGUCGUUAAUCGUGAAAUCACAACGGUUGAGUAUGGGCUUGAAUCUGAAUCAUUGCAUAUGACUGAGGGAGACUGCCCUAGACUGGAUGACAGUGGGAUACCGCUACUAAAAGAUGUGAGAUGCAUAAUAAAUGAGGCCAGUCGUUUGCUUCCAUUCACCAAAUACUUGGCCGAUGAGGCAGAAUUUACUAGGAUGUAUGGGAGAGUUUUGCAUCUUCUGAAUGUUCCAGUACUGCCAUUAGCCAUAAAAACCUUAAUUCAUUUUUGGGAUCCUGAAUAUCGAUGUUUUACAUUUGGGAAUAUCGACAUGGUUCCUACCAUUGAAGAAUACGGUGUUUUGACAGAAUUUCCUGAGGAUAUCCAUAAGGUUUACUUUCAUCAAAAGAUUGAGAAUACUAUAGAGGAGCUCGCUAAGCUAUUGGGAAUCCGUCAAAUGAGCUUAUAUAGAGAAAAAAAUAAUUCUGGGGGUUUGAGAUGGAAACGACUAGAAGAGCUUUUGAUUGCUAAAAAGUCUAAUAUUGAUGCUAAUUUGGAGGUAUACCGAAUAUUGGCUUUGGGGAUAUUUGGGUUGAUUUUGUUUCCUUCGACGGCCGGAAUUAUCAGUUUAGAGGCAGCUAAUUUGUUUAUGGAGUAUGAGAAGACCAAAAUUAAUCCUUCUGCUGCGAUCUUGGCUGAAACUUUUUUAUCUCUCAAUCAUUGCAAAAGGAUUGGGAAAGGUUCUAUGAGAUGUUGUGUUCCAUUGUUGUUCAUUUGGAUGGUAAGCCAUAUAGAGUCCGAGACACCAGUAUUCCGAAAUUUUUGGUGGUUUGAUCAAAAGCCACUCGAGUUAUUUGUAUCAAGUGAAUGGGAAAACUUUUCUGAAGAUGAUUGGAGGGUAAAAUUGCAAGGAAUUCCGCAAAGCAAUUUUAAUUGGAGAGCCCCAUGGAUGAAAAAUGUAGCAUACCUAAUGGGCUGUGGGAAAAAGCCUUGGGUACCUUUGAUUGGGGUGACUGGGUAUAUUAGUUAUGCACCUGCUUUGGUUGCAAGACAGCUUGGGGGCAUACAAAGCAUUCCAAGAACAGUUGGUUUAGCUCAAUUCACUGAAGUCUACAAAGGAGCAUAUAAUGAAAUACUAGAGAGCAUUAAGCAUGAUUGGGGUUCUUUGGUGAUAGUUAAAAAGGAGAUAGGUGUAAGGAAUCCUACGGUUAGUGAAAGGUAUCCCGAAUGGCGUAAUGGAAGAGUCUCUUAUAUGGCAGAAGUUUCUGAAUCUGUGGGCACUCGAAGGAAAAGAGUGAACAAUGAAGAAGAAUUAAGGGAACAAGUAAAAUUGUUACAAGCCGAGCUUAAAGCAAAGGAGGAGCAGAGAGUGUCCUUGGAGCAGCAGUUAGCCAAAGAAAGAACUGUGAGAAAAACAGUUGAAGAAGAAAGGGACUCUGUGGGUCAAGACUGGAUAAAGGCAAAGGAUGAAUUGAAGACGAUCAAUAAAGACAUGACAUAUUAUAUGGCAAAAGCUAAGCAUUGGGAAGAGUCAGCUAUCAAGACGCAAACUGCAUUAAAAAUGCGUUGGGCGGACGUAGUCAAGCUUAAAGACCAAUUGGGGAGAGCGGAGAUUGAAAUAGUCAACACUAAACAUGUGACUAAAAUACAUGAAGAGCAAAAAGUAGCGUUGAAUGAUCAUAAGGUUGAAGCAGAAGCAUUGAGAUCUAAGCUGGAAAAAGAAAAAUUGAAGACCGCACAGCUUAUAGAAAACCAGAAAAUGAUAAAGCAGCAUAAUCAAACAUUGGACAAUGCUAAUAACUUUUUGUCUAGAAACAACUUGAUUCAUACUGAGAGGAUAAGAGAACUACAAGAUCAAAUUGAUAGAGCAGCUGCAGAAGCCCAUUUAUUACGAGUGGAAGCUCGCCAAGUAGGAGGAGACAUAAUGAAAUAUCGAAGAAGCAUGGAUAACACCGAUCUUUUUUUAAGAGCAAUAGCUACUAAAGGCAGUGUUUUUUCUCCUGUAAUAGAUUAG